UUGUUUUUCAAAUUUCCAUUUUUUUUUGUCUGUCUGUCUGUUUGUUUGGCUUCGAAUCGAAUCAAUUUUUUUUAAAUCUUUCGAAUCGAAUGAUGACCACAUUAGUGUCAAAUUCAUCACAAUCAGGUGGUGGUAGCGGUGGUGGUGGACGAAGUUCAAGAUCGAAUCAAAUUGGUACAUCAACAAAUAAAAAGAUACAUCAACAACAACAUCAUCAUCAUUCAUCAAAAUCAUCAACACAGCCAUCAUCAUCAACAUUGUCAACAACAACAAAUAAUAAUAAUAAUAAUAAUAUGAUGAUAUCGAAUGAUUUAUCAUCAUCAUCAAACAAUAUGAUGGCUAAUAAUAAUAAUAAUAGUGGUAAUCAUUCUUCGGCUGAUGAAUUUCGUAAUAAUAAUAAAAAUGAUAAAUUCCAGCCAACGGCCGAACAAAUGCGUAUUGCAAGCCUAAUGAGCGAUAAAAAAGAUGAUGAUUUAAAGCCAAAAAUUGAAAAAAUUGUUGAAUUAACUGGAGCUACACGUGAAGAUGCUGCCGUUGCCCUAUAUGACUGUGACAAUGAUAUGCCAAAAGCAAUCGAAAUGAUAUUGGAUGGUGAAUCAUUUGAUUCGGAAUGGCAAUCGACUGGGCGAAAAAAACGUGGUAAAUCAUCUGCUACUACUAAUACUACAAAUGCAACAUCGUCAUUGUCGGGUCAGAAUCAAUCGACUGGAGGAUCGGAUGCAAAUGCAUCAUCGUCAACUACGUUGACCAAUGGUGGUCAAUCGAAUAAUCGAAUGGAAAAAUCAAAUCGUUCGAAUGCUGAUGGUAGUAGUGGUGGUCGUGGUCGUGGUCAAAAUUCAAGAGGUCGUGGUGGAUCUAUGAUGGCUGGUAGGAACAAUAUUAAUCGGAAAAAAGAUUAUCGUGGUGGCUCACAAUCAUCGACCAAUAAUUAUUCAAAUCAACAACAAUCGAAUGAUAAAGAUGGAACUGAUAAUGAUGGUGGUGAUGUUUUCAAUACGGCAGCAUAUACCGAUCGUAAAAGUGGUGGCGGCGGUGAUCGAUCUAUUAGACGAGGUGGUGGACGUGGAACUGGCCGUGGUGGUAGUUCAUCACGUGGUCGUGGUGAUAUUGCACGUGGAUCUCGUACAUUUAUGAAUCGUGGAAUGCAAAAUAAUCAGACUAAUAGUGGAAGUGGUGGUAGUGGCCAUGGUCAUCAUCAUCAUGGUAGUGGAAGUGGUGGUGGUAUUAGUGCUGGUGGCAGCAGUGGGGGUGGUGGUGUUGGUCAAAAUGGUCCAAAUCAAAUAUCCGAUGGAUUUCCAAAUUCAAUUGAUACAUGGUCAAAUAAUGCUAUCGAAUCAACAACAAACAAUUCUACAACUGGAUCAAAUUUACCAGGAUCGACAACCAUUGGAAAACCUACACCACCGUCUGAUGAUCUGCAAACAAUGACUGUUGGUAAUUGGGCAGAUGUUGCUGCGAAUGAAGAUUGGAAUGAAGAAGAUUGGACUCAACCAAUGGCAACCAAAGUGUUCACACCAAGUACCAAAGUUUUAUCAUCGGAAAAAGAUGAAACAAAUCAAAUGAAAUCAUCAAGAAAUGAACAGCAACAGUUUAUUGUUGGUAAAACGCAAUCAAAUGAUCAACAACCAACAAUGAGUUCAAUUAUUGCAGCAUCCAAUAAUAAUAUGCAAAAACAACAACAACCACCAAGACAAACGCAGCAGCCACAAUCGCAACAACAACAGCAGACAUCGGCUGGACAAGCAUUCAUACAGCAUGUAUCGCAGAAUUCCAAUCUCAAUCAUCAGUAUACAUAUUCAAGUCAAUUCUCGAAACAAGCAACCGAAAGUAUUAAAUCAUUAGUUGGUAUGCCAUCAGCAGCGGUUGUUGGAUCAACAACAUCAGCAGCUGAUAAUGCUGCCGCAAAUGCAGCAGCAGCGGCAAGAACAUUAGCAGCAGCAACGGCUAACAAAGUUCCUGCCAAUGUUCAAAUGUCAAAAAUGAUGAUACAACAACAACAACAAGAUACAUCAAGUUCGGCUGUUGAAAUGCCAUCAAAUGAUCCAAUUGCAAAUCUUUCGGUACAUUUUGGUUCAUUAGAAUUUGGUUCAAGUACUGGAUUUCCAUUAAGUGCAACACAAGAUGGUCAAUUAUUUGUUAAUUCUUCUUCCACUAAUCAAACAGGUGGUAAAAAAUCAAUUGAUCAAACAAAUAAACAAUCAUCAAUAUCAUCAUUAUUACCGACAAGUGGACAGGUAGAUUCAAAUAAUUCGUCAUCAACAAAUUAUCGUUCAACAAAUUCCAAUCAAUCAGUGAAUAAAAUGAAUGUUGGUGGUGGUCAAAUUCCAGAUCAAUCAUCACAAGUUUUACAACAACAACAGCAACAACAUCAUCAUUCAUUAAAUGAUUCGAUAUUGAAUGUUCAACAUCAAGAUCAUCGUCAAUCGAUAAAUGUAGAUAAUAAUAAUAAAUCAUCAACAACAACGAAUAAUAAUAGUUAUAAUCCGAAAAAUGUAUUGGAUAGAAAAUCGAAUGAUUAUAUAUCGCAAAUGUAUAAAUCAAAUUAUAAUCCAACAAUGGAUCAAACAACGAUUGCUUAUCAACAAUCAUCAAAUAUUGGUGGUUAUCAACAACAUCAUCAUCAUCAACAACAACAUCAACAGCCACAAUCAUCAAUGACAACACAUCAAUAUGGUGGUAAUAUUGGUGGUGGAUAUAAUCAUUUAGGAUUUGGUGUUGGUGGUGGUGGUAAUCAUUUAGCUAAUCAACAACAACAGCAAACAUUGAUGACAAAUACCGGUAGUUAUGUUCAAUAUGGUGGUGGUAAUCAAUCAUCAACAUCAUCCACUACUGGUGUUGGUUCCGUACAACAAAACCAAAAAGUUCUUCGUGAUAUGGAUAAUGUUGGUGGUGGUAAUAAUACUGUACAGCCUGUAAUUAGUUCAACAAAUAAAUAUGAUUCAAAUGCAGCGGCUGGAUCAUCAUUAAGUUUAAUGUCCAGUUCAACAUCGACAACGAAUGUUAUUAAAAAUACAUUAUCAUCAAGUAAAGGAAUUCAUAAUGUGCCUCCAGGUGUGGCAAAUUCAGCUGUGCAACAGCAGCAGCAACAACAACAGCCACAGGUGUUAAGUACACCAUUUAUUGCGAUGAGUAAUCCAGCGAUGACAAUACCGGCAUAUUAUCCAUAUGCAGAUUUACAGUUUGGUGCAACUGCAGCACGUGAUCAUACUACUUAUUCACCAUAUGCUACAGCUGCAGAUGUUAAAUAUAAUCGUAAUUCGGAAUCAGAUAUGAUGCCUGUAUCAUCACAAGCAGCGAAUGCAACAGCAGCAGCGGCUACACAAGCGCACAAUCCAUAUUUUCCGGGUUAUGGUUUAUAUUUUAGCUAUGCUCAAGGACCAAUGUAUCCACCAUCACAUCCGGCGGCACUAUAUCCGGUACAACAGGCACAGAAUCCUGCAGCUGUUGCUGCAGCAGCUGCUAAUUCACCAUUUACCGGUAAAGCUAAUACAAAUACCGCCGCUGCUAAUUAUGGAUCUCAUUCAUAUAAUUCGGCCGGAUAUGAUUCGAUAAGUAAUGCUGCUGCAGUAGCAGCCGCUGCUGCCGCAGCAGCUGCUGGUGGUGUUCCAACACAAGCUGAUUAUAUGACGACAUCGAAUAAACCGUAUCAACAACAACAACAACAUAAACAAAUGACAUCAGUUGGCGGUAGUGGUGUUGGUGGCGGUGGACAAAGUGGUGGCAAUGGAAAUGAUCUUUCAUCCACGGCAUCAAAUAUGUACAGUAAACAACAACAUCCACAAAUGAACAAAAGCUAUGAAAAACAAGGAUUCCAAAAUCAAACAUCGGCCAUAACAGCCAAUCAACAACAACAGCAACCGAUGAAUAGUUUACAUCAUCAAUCAUCAUAUGCAAAUAAUGCUUAUGCAAUGUUACCUCAACAUCAUCAACAACAACAACAGGCAAUGCAUCAUUCAUUUGAUCCAAUCACACAACAACAACAAACUGGAACUGGAAAUAUUGUCGGUAAUCAACAACAACAACAACAACGAUCAUUAACACAACAACAAAAACAAAUGAAUUCAAAUCCAGUUGCUACUUAUGGUAAAUUCAACUGGAAUUGAUUUUUGUUGUGUGGUUGGUUUCCGCAAUCUGCAAUUCCGAUGUCAUAUUAUUAACCCCUUUAUCUCCAAAAAAAAAACUUUCAAAAAUCCAAAUAACAAGAAACGAAAAACAACCAAGAAGAAGAAUCCGGCAAAUUUUUGAUGAUGACCUGACCUAUCUGUGUGUGUCUGUGUAUCAUUCACCUGAGAUUUUUUUUUAUUAUUAGCCAUCAAUUUUUUUUUGUGCAUCCUAAAUAAUUUGCAUAACGGUAAAACAACAACACAAAAAAUUUUCAUUUUAUUAAUUUAACACACACACCUGACAUGGUUUGUGA